CUGUAUACAAGACUCUUUUAAGAAGAGAGCUUAAAAGAACCCAUAAUGGGGGACAAUAAGCUCUACCUUCUGAUGCUUCUAUGCACCAUAGUCUUGACAGAUGCACAAGAACAGGGGGCACCAUGUCUUUUGGCCAAAAGGUAUAAGAGUUUUCACAGGUAUGAAUACACCUAUGAAACAGAGUCCCUAAAUGCCCUGAAUGGAGCAAUGAAUGGCCCAAAGGCCAGCUGCAAGGUUGAAAUUGACGUCCCAGGCACAUGCAGCUACAUCGUGCGCACAACUGAGUGCACUUUGAACGAGGUGGUCGAUGUUGAUGCAGAAGGAAAGCCUGUCUUUGAGCCAUCUGCUGGUGCCGAUGACUUCAAGGCUGCCAUGGAGAAGAACCCACUUAAGUUCACCGUUGAGGAAGACAAUGAGAUCAAGUUGUUUCCAGAGGAUGAUGAGCCAGUGAACAUUCUGAACAUCAAGAGAGGACUGAUCUCUGCCCUAGCAGUGCCUGUGCUUGAAGAGGACAGGAACAACAAAAUGCCCACCAUUUACGGUUUGUGCAAGACUGGCUACUCUGUGAACACCAGAGAGGACAUUGCCACUGAUGUCACCCUCAACAGAGACCUGUCCAAAUGUGACCAUUUCAGGCCACUCAGGGACCACACCAGCCCACUAGCCCUCAUGACAGGCAUGCACUACCCAAUUGCUCAGCUGAUCAGGAGUAGCCAAACCUGCAACUACAAGUUUGAUAAUGAACAGAAGCAUAUGACCUCUGGUGCUUGCACUGAAAACCACAUUCUUGUACCUUUUUCAUAUAAAGGAGAGUAUGGAGUUACUAAUGUUGGAAAGCAAGCUUUGACUCUGGUGGGAGUGACUGAGUACAAUGACAGAAUCUUUGACCACAAUGUAGCCAACAUGAAGACCCUGUACCUCGAUGGCAAUGUUAACUUAGUUCACCCAAUUCAGAAUAAAGAUGGCAUGUUGACUAUUCUAAGGGAACUGGCUGGCCUUUCCGAGACAAACAAUGGACACAAUAGAGCCCAUCUGGCUCACAAACUUGUGGCAAUAAUCCGCAAAAUGAAUGCUGAGACCCUGGCAACUGGUCUACCAGAGGCCCUUGAGAUUUCUCGCUCCCUGACGUACCAGGUGUUGUUCCAGUGUGGCACACCUGAAUGCAGCAGUGCCAUCCUGCAGGUUCUCAGGACCUUUGACAGUUCCUCAAUAGAGAUUGAUGCUGCUGUGUAUGCCAUGGGAAUGUUCCCCAACCCUUCCAGAGUCCUUGUCAAGGAAAUGCUGGAGAUGGCCAAGUUCAAGGCUAGCAAACCCAUCUACUAUGCUCUCAGUAAUGCUGUCAGGAGGCUCUAUGAAGCUGAAGGACACGUCACACCUGAGAUCCAGGCAGUGGCUGAUUAUGCCCUUGAACAAAUUGGAGAUUGCACAGGGGACCAGGAACACAUUUAUUUGUCACUGAGGGUCAUUGGAAAUAUGGCUGUUUCUGUUGGAACCGCAAGCCCUGCUCUGAAAUCAGCUAUUAUCCAAUGUGUAAACCAACCUGCUGCAUCUCCUGAAGUCCAGCAAGCCGCUAUUCAAGUUUUUAAACAGACUCAUGUCCCUGAAGAGGGCAGAGAGGUGCUUGUGAAGGUACUUCUGGACGAAGCUGCUCCAAUACAGAAGCGUGUUGCUGCCUAUCUCAUUGUGAUGAAGGACCCCCAGCCCUCUGAGCUGGCAAAUCUGGUUGCUGCUCUUUCUAACAACAAUAAGGAUCAGGCCAUGAGCUUUGUUAACUCACAUCUCAAUAACUUCCUGAGCUCUACAGCACCAGGAACCAAGGAUCUCAGGGACCAGAUUCUCAAUGCCCUCCAAGGAAAUAAAAUCCAAACUGUCAUGGAUCCAACAAAGUACUCUCGCAAUUACAAGAUUGGCUCUCUAGAGGGAAACGUGAUCUUUGAGUCUGCAGACCUUCUGCCAAAUGAAGUCAUGCUGGAGAUGACCCUGAAUGCUUUUGGAAACAACUUGGACAUGAUUGAGGUUGGGAUGAAUGGUAAGGGACUCGAACCCACUAUUGAUGCCCUGAUUGGUAUUGAUGGAUUCUUCCGAGACACUAUGCAGAAGACCAUCAAUUAUGCAGCUGACAAAAUGCCCAGAGGCAAUGAAGUUCUUGAGAACAUGUUCCCACAUCUAUGGAAUAACAUAAAAAUGAAACAGGUCCCUCAGAACAUCUUUAAAGAAAUAACCAAUAAUGUUAACAAGCUCAUCCAGAAACUGAAGGCUCAGGACAACCCAGAAGCUAUGAUCUACCUGAGGCUUUUGGGAACUGAACUUGGCUACCUCAAAACCAAGGAUAUGGAAGACAUGGCCAACUCUGCUGCUUUGCUGACUAAUAGCCUCCUAAAGAUGUUCCCCACUGAUCUCAUCAGGAACCUGUUCUCAAGCACCAACAAUGACCUUUUCCUUCACUACAUCUUCAUGGACAAUGAGUUCUAUCUACCCACUGGUACUGGAGUUCCACUGAGAGUUGCUUUGUCCGGAACUUUUGCUCCAGGAGUGAAGGGAGGACUGAGAAUUUCCCGUGACAUGAGCGAAAUCGCAUUCAUGCCAUCUGCUGGAAUUGAGUUUGUGACUGAGCUUGGAGCUGUCUUACCUGACUAUGUUCAGUCUGGCCUGGAGAUGCACACUAACAUCUACCAUGAGAGUGGUCUUAGAGCAAAGGUUGCUGUAACCAACAAGCAGAUCAAGCUGACAAUUCCUGCACCCCAAACUCCAGCUAAGCUCAUCAGUGUGACCAACUCUUUGGUGUCAGUGACUGGUGCUGAAACUAAGACCAUUCCCCCCAUGAGGGAAAGCAUCAAUAUGGAAGAAUGCUCACCUCUCUUGCCUGGUUUGAAGUACUGCAGUACCCUGCAAUAUUCGUAUGACUUUUCCAGUGAUGCCUCUCCCUACUUCCCAUUAACUGGCGAUAGCAAAUUUGUCAUUGAGCUCCACCCCACUGGUGAGGUUUCUGAGUACACAGCUACUGUUGAUUAUGCAUAUGAGGAGGAGGUUGACAAAGUGACAUUUGCUGUGAAGGCAGAAGGAACAUCCUUUGAAGGCACAGCCAAAGUGAUGUUCAACAGAGAGAAAUACACCAUCUAUGCUGAUCUCCAAAUUCCUGACUACAAUCUACAAACUGGAUUAAGGAUUGGUGCUGUUGACCCCAACACUAAGGGCAAGGCAACACAUUCCAUCCAGAUUGACUUCAUCAACAAGAACAUUACCCAGGCAUAUUUUGUUGCCCUUGCCAAGGUAGAGACAAUGGAGGAUGCCAUGCUGCAGGUUCAGCUGCUUGUCCCUCAUCUCCAGGUUAAUGCUGAAGUAACUGCAAACUUGAAAUGUGCUGAGGGCCAUACAUUAGAGCUUGAGAGUGAUCUUAAGCUCCCUCAGACUUCGUCUGUGCAGAAAGUCAUUCUGAAAUUUGAUGCUGAGAAGAUUGAGGCUGAGGUUAAAUCAGAUGUCAGCUCUGAGAUUCAGAACAUUAUUCCCAUUGAUGCAAUCAAUGCCAUGGUCAAUAACCUUCUUGACCAGCAGAUUGGCCAGUCUGAGAUGAAGAUCAAGGAUGUCUUAAUGAAGCCAUUAGAGGCCUCUAAUGCCUACCUGGAACAGUAUGCUGCUGAAUUCCCAUAUGUGCAAGAACUCAGUAUUCCUGCCCUCCUUGAAAUCACUCUUCCAGAGAGACUGUUCCUGAAUGUUGAGGCUGCAGCUAAGUACAAGUUUGGCCAGGAUUAUUACACCAUCUCUAUUCCAGUUCCUCAUGGAGAUUUCAAUUUCCCCUCUGUCCUAACCACACCACAUCUUGCAGUACCUCAACUUGGCCUGGAAGUUGCUUCCAUUAACAUUCCUAUUCCAGAAGUCUCUGUUCCUGAUACCCUGUCUGUGUCAAUGCCUGUUCUUGGAAUGGCAGAGGUAUCUAGCAAGUUGAGCAGCAAUUUCUACAACAUGGAGGCAACUGCUUCUGCAGGCAAGGAACCUGAUGAGCAUCCAAAAUAUUCUGCCAAGAUUAAAGUCAUUGGAACAAGCCCAGUGGAUCUCCUUUCAAUCAAAUUUGAAGGAUCUGCUUUAUUGACUGACACACCUGGUGAAUCUUUGAAGGCUGAGGUAAAAACUGCUGUCAUUCACAAGCUCAUUGAUGUCAGAGUUAGUGUUCUUGAGGAAGUGACAAAUGCUGAAAAAAUCCAAGUGAAAUCAACCAGCAACAUUAAGGCAACCAGCCCAUUGGGUGUAAAGAUUUCUCUGGAGCACUCAUGCGUGGCUGAAGGCAAUGAAAAGGAGAUUUCUGGAUACGGAAACCUGUUCGGCUCUAUCAAGGCUGGUCCUCUGAAUGGUUAUGCCACUCACGAGCAGACACUUUUACUAUUCCCGUACAGGACAGAAGCUAGAAUUGAUUCUACUCUGAAAGUAGAUUUUAAUCUUUUCCAAGCACAAAACAUAAUUGAAGCAGCCUUUACCAAUGGAGAGCUAGCUGUAGUAUCAAAAACAAAAGCAUUUGAGGACAUUCUGACAAACAAUGCUGAACUCACCUAUAAAGGGUCCCUGCUUGCUCUGAAGUCAGACACCAAGACAAUGGCUCUUGGCCUGAAAAUCCAAAACAUUGCUGAGGCUAGUGCUGGUCCUGGUGUGGUUAACAUGAGGAUUGAGACUGCUGUGGACAGAUUUGGAGAUAGGAUCAGCUCCCAGAUUGCAGUAGGUCUGGAUGUCAAUGGGCUGGCUGUAAACAGUAAUGCCUCAGCAAACCUUGCUGACUACACAGCUUCCCACAAAUACAGAAUUUCCCUGACCAUGGAUGGCUUGGCUAUGAGUGGCACAACAUCACUGAAAAGCCCUUUGAUACUUGAUAACAAUUUCAAUGGAGCCCUAGAUGCUUCAAAGCUUUCAUUUUCUGUUGAGACAAAGGGUGCAUUUGCUGAGAUGACAGUUGAAAAUACAAACUCCCUGUCUGCGUCUCUGUCCUCUGUAGUUUUCAAAUCCAAAGCAGAUGCUAUUGUUGCAGAUGGAACAUCAUACAUGCAUGACAUCUCCCUUCAAGUGGAGCCAUACAGUACUUUAGUGAGGAUUAAUAAUCAUCUGACAGUUCUGCAUGUCAACCUGGUUAAUGAAGCCCAGCUUAAGGCAGAGCCAUACAAAGCCGACUUGACUGGGAGUUUAAAGCUUGCCGCCGGAGAAGAAGAACUGAAGCACACAUAUGAGAUCAGAUACGCAGAUCUGGUAGCCACAGCUAAGUGCAGUACUGCUGGAAAUCUCAUGGGAUCUCACAUGAGCCACAACUCAGAAGUUGAGAUUGCUGGACUUGCAGUCACUUCCAGCAAUGUUGCCAAUUUCAACUCUCGGCUCCUACGCUUUGAUGGUAACAUUCAUGUCUCUGCUGUUCCAUUUAGCUUGGUUGUCGAUGCCCUUGCCAAUGCUGAUGGUGACUUGCAUUUUUAUGGAAAACAGAGUGCCCAAGUUUUUACUAAGUUCCUGCUGAAGGCAGAGCCACUUGCUUUUGCACACUCUCAUGAAUGCAGAGUCUCAACAACUCACAAUAUGGACAAUGGUGUGUCAAUAGAAACCAACCUUGAUAAUAAGGUUGACACUGUUAUGACACCUUCUGAGCAGAAGGCAAUAGUGAGAAUGAAAUCUAAGAUAAACAACCAUAUUCUCAGCCAAGAUAUGAUCACUUACAACACCCCUGAAAGGCUUGGAAUAGAAAUGUCUGGAUCCAUGAUCACUAACCUCUUCAAUACCGUUGACUCUGAAAAACAAGACCACUUUUUCUCUACCUUCCUUAAAUAUGAUAAAAACACGAAUAGCCGUGUCAUCAGCUUGCCAUUAAUUGAGAACAUUCCUGCAGUCUUGGAACACAUCAGAAUUACAUUUGUGAGAAUUGCUGAGGCUCUGCAGGAUUAUAUCAACAGAGAAGACGUUGUUGCCAAGAUUCAGAACCUGCCCCAGCAUAUUAGCGACUUUGUAAAUGAGCUAAAACUUGAGGAAAGUCUUGUCCAAAUCAGAAAGGACCUGAUUGCUUUCACUCAAAAGUAUGCAAUCACUGUGGGGGACCAGGAGAACUCGUUGGUGAAUCUAAGGACUGUUGGAGAGAAGAUAGUAACAUACUUGGCCACACGUGUAGAUGAGAUAGCAGAAAUGGUGAAAGAAAUUAUCGCAAGUGGUACACUUUCUGACACACUAGUACAGAGACUAACAGAGGAACUGAAUACAUUCAAUGAAAAAUAUGACAUCAGAGCCAUGGUUAUUGCUGUCAUCGAGACUGUUGAAGAUGUAAUUAAGCAGAUUGACAUGAUUCAAUUUAAGGACAUUGCCCUUUUGAAUGAUCUUGAUGAACAAUAUGCUAUUAAAACCAAACUGGAGGAAACUGUGAGUGAACUAAAGCAGAUGGUUGCAAACUUCGACCAAGUGAAGUUUACUGAGGAUUUGAAGAACUUUGUUACCUCUGUCAACUUCCGAGACUAUGCACAACACAUUGUGGCUCAAAUUAGCAAUAUUAUUGAAACAGCAAAACAACUGCUUACUGAACUGGACAUCAUUGGAAGGUUAAAUUCAAUCUACUCCAAUGUGAGAGAAAUUCUGGUACAAUAUGAGCUUGAGCAGAGGAUUGGAGAUAUUCUGAACAGUGUUGUUGAGGUUAUCGAUGGGUUUAAAAUUGAGCAAACCGUUCAGGUUCUUGCCAACAUUUUGAAAUCCAUUCAGAUCCGUUUCAAGCAGCUGCUGGAUGAGGCCAACACCUACCUGAAGACAACAGAGGUAAAGCAAGUCAUUGAGCAUUUGAACAUUUGCCUGGAAAACUUCACCAAAAGUGUCAAAUCAUUUGACUACAAUGCAUUUGUGGAAGAGGCCAACAAGAAAAUCAAGGAGUAUACAAACAGAUUAAACUCCCUGAUUGUGUCAUAUGAGAUUCCAGAGAAAAUUGAGGCAACCAGACAAUUUGUCAACUAUUAUUUGACAUAUGCCAAUGAUUUCCUGGAAAAGAUGAGAUCGGUCAAAGUUGCAGAUGUGGUUACUGAAACAAUUAAAGACAUUGAAAGAUAUCUAAAAGACUGUGUAGUCUUCAGUAACAUUAAGGCAUUUGCAGAAAGACUCCGUCAGAGCCUUAAUGAAAUGGAGUUCACAGGGAAAAUUGACAUCCCAAAGUUUCCUACUCUCUAUUCCAUCUAUAUGCCCCCAAUCACAAUCCACUAUAAUGAUAUCAAGAAGAUGAUAAUAGAAAUUAUUGACAUCAUCACCAACUUUGACAUACAAUUGCUGUUUGUUGAUGAUUUCUUCGGUGAACUUAGAAUUAACUACCUACCAGACUUUUCUGCCAUAAUGCUGCCAGAGAUCAACCUUCCAGAGAUGUCCUUACCUGCCAUCCCUAAAUUCAUUGCUAAGCGACCAUUAGCAGAUAUUAAGAUCCCAGAAUUUAAACUCCCUUCAGUCCCUAGCGAGCUCAUGAUGCCAUGCUUUGGAAAGCUGUAUGGUGAGGUUAAAGUCACCAUUCCAAUUUUUAACAUGAAAACUACUGCAGAAUUCUAUAAUUCCACUGAAAGUGCAGAAACCCCUCAAUUCUCAGCAUACAUUACAUCACAUGGAACAUCUUCUGAAUUUGAAAUUCUUAAGUACAGUCUAGAUUCCACAGCUCGGGUUGCUGUGCCUAAAAUGAGUCGUGUGAUUGUUGCCGAGACCCUGAAGAUCACACACAGUGCCCUAGGUGUUGAACAUCAAGCCUCAGUAACACUCUAUGGCUUCUCAGCCCAGGCUACUGCGAAGAGUACUGUAAAAGUAAUCACAGCACCAUACAGUGCUGAUGUCCUUAAUACUGUAUUCUUUGCUCUGGAGGAUGGAAUGUCUGCAAAUGUUAAAACUACAUAUAAUGACAAGGUAAACAUUCCUUUUCUCUCAUUGACCAGUGAGCAUUUUUAUACUCACCAGUUAGUUGCAAGCCAGGAUGGUUUAAAGAUGGCUCUAACCUUUACAGAAGGAGGCAAGGGCAUAAUCAAUGUGCAUGACAUCUCUGAUGAGAUAAACUACAAGAGCGCACUAGAUUUUACUAUUAGUCCAAUGACAGCCAGGUUAACCUAUACUUCAGAUGCUGAAAGUGGAAACACUAAGAUAAAGGAUAUUAUAAACAUUGAUGCUGUUGCCCUGAGCUACAUUGACUUUAAUGCCCGUAUUGAAAGGAAUUCUAGCUCUGGAGACACUUUCUUGUUAGAUGCCUUUGGAAAGGCUCAUCUCAGAGAAAUGAAGGUAGAGAUGAAGGCAACCCAUGACACAAAGAUUGUUGGAAAACUGAGUGGUACCUUUUCCAAUGUCUUUACCAUCAUGCUGCAUCCCACUGAGGUGGUAUUUGAUUUCUUGAAUAAGGGUAAUGCCAAGGUAAGCCUUCCAGACCCACUGUCUGCCAAGAUUGAUUUCCAGAAUGACUAUACAAUUAUCCUAAAUAAUGACAAGCAACAGAUGAGCAUUGUUGCAUUUGCCCGCUUCAACCAGUAUAAAUACAAUCACAACUUUACAGUUGCCAACAGCGAAUAUGAGACAAGCAUUUAUGCUGCAGUGAAUGGAGAGGCCAAUUUAGAAUUCUUAACAAUACCAUUCAGCAUUCCAUCUAUCCCAAUAUAUACUCCAUUGUUGGAUUUCACAACUUCAGAAAUCAGUGACAUAAACCUAUAUGAACAUACUGGUCUUAAGCACUUGUUGACCACCCUUGAUCAGACCAUUGAUGUAGAUGCAAAAAUUGUCUACCAGAAGAGCAAAUCUGCACCCAUUUUUGAAUAUGGUCUCAUCAAUGUCCCUUCUCUGGGCAAUUUGAUCUCUGAGGUGUCUUUUAAGUCCUCUAUAUUCAACCUAAAUGCUAAUGCGGGCAUGUACAGGGAAGACAACCUAGUAAUUCGCUUUGGUGCUAUAUCUGCCUCUGUGUUUGAGGGACUGAAGGCCAAGUUUGAAGGAACCAGCAGCCUGAGCACCAAAAGUGGAUUAAAAUUGUCCAAUGCUGUUCUUCUGGAAAAUACCCACAUUGAUGGAAAACAUGAAAGCACUGUAACAUUUAAUACAAAUAACUUUGAAGGUGUACUGUCUGGGGCCACCACUGCAAAUAUUAACCUGCCAAUUUUUACAGCAAAAGCAAACCACCAACUUACUGCUGAUAACAAGGCUCUUCCAAAUGUGGCUUCAAAUCUAAAGAUAGAGUAUACUUUUGACUUUCCCAUUAUUAAUCUUGCUGGAAAUGGAGAUGCUGAAAACAAACUAAAAUUUGAAGGAGCUCUAAACUUCAUCUCUGUCGAGACUGCCACAAAGGGUACCAUUGAUGGAACAUUCCUUGGCAAUGGCAUUGUGAAGGGAGUACUAAAUAAUGAGGAAUCUAUCUACCUAAAUGGCAACAGUUUGCAAUCAACUUUAAAGACUGUUGGCAAUGGGAACCUGAAUUAUGGAGAUCUUAAGGUAGGAUUCGAUGUGGAUGAAAACCUGGCCUUUGAGGCAACCGUUCAACGUGUGUAUGCUGUGCUGAAAUUUUCUUCCAAAAAUGAAGUAAAUAUUGGAGAUCUUAAGACAAAUGGGGAGCAUAGUGCCCAGGCAACAAUUGAUUUGGAGCUUCUGAAAUCACUGACUGCUGAUGUAAAAAUAUACUUAUCUCAGCCAAGCACCCUUGGUGACCUCAGCAUCUCUGAGAUAUUGGUUGCAGAAUUAUCUGUUCCUAAGCAGAAAGUUGAUUACUCCUCAAAGAUUGUGUCUCCAGUAUAUACCACAAAUGUUCAUGCUAAGUUAGAAGGUAAUGCCCCAUUCUACAAAGCUGUUCUCAAGGCUGCAGCUACUUCGCCAGUUGUGUUCCUGGUUUAUGAUUUUGACAGCUCUAUGGAUACUAUAAUGGAGAAUGAUGCCCUGAUGUUUAAAGCUAAAGCUGUACUUACACAUGCUGACUUCACUAUAGACAUCAGCAAUGCUAUUAGCAUGAGUGAGCCUAGUCAUACCCUGAAUGUGGACAUCACAAGCCCAACAUUCACUGACAUAAACUAUCGCUUUGCUGCUCAAAAAGAUGGGACUAGUGCCUCAGUUUCCACACCAUCAAUUGGUUACCUUAGUUUUCAGCUUCAGGGAAGAAUUCCAUCCCAGAUGAAUGCAAGGAUCUAUAGCAGUUAUGCUUCUGCUCCUGAAAAUGAUGUUGACAUUCUGAUCAUCAAAGCUGCAGAAAAGGGAGAAGAAAAAAUUAUUUUAGUCACCUACAAUUUAGAUGCUCCUCAUGAUAUGCUUGUAGGUCUGAAGGAUAGACUACCAGCUAUUUUUUCCAGCAUUGAACUAUUUGCUGAAAAACAUGGUAUCCUUGGUACGGUUGAAGGACUGAAGAAAAAUGUUGUUUAUGCCUUUGACCAGGCAUACACUGCUGCUUCUAGCAAUACCCCAGAACUCAGCAAGCUGUCCAUUCUUUUAAAAAAUAUAGCUGUGCAGUACCAAAAGAACACCCAGACCCUGCUUGAUGCUUUCAUCAACUUCCUGAGAGAGACCCACUGGCAACUGCCUGGAAUGGACAAUGAGACUACACUGCCUGAAAUCUGCAAGAAAAUCUCUUCUAAUAUCGCUGCAGUACUAGAGCAACUUAUCGAAAACCUGGAGGUAUACCUGUCUUCUAUCACUGAAGCCAUUAGCACAGCCGAGGUCCGAGAUAAUGUGAGAAGCAUCCUAAAAAGUCUCCAAACUCAGAUUGUGGAUGCAGUGAAGCAUUGGGAGAGCUUUGAUGUGAUUCUUGAGAAACUAGGACACACCCACCUUGAGGCUGUUGAAAAGCUACAAGAAUUUGUCGACAGCAUCAAGUUCUACACCCUUGAAGAUGAUGCGGUUUAUCUUAACACUUACUACACUCAUGUUGUCUCUGUGGUUAAAAUGCUGGUGCACAAAAUUGAGGCCAUGUUGACCUUCGAGCAAUUAAAUGUAGUGUUUGAGCAAUAUGUUGAGCCCUUCUGUAAGACCAUAAGCAAGAUGCUCAGAGAGGUAAUUAGCUCCCUUCCCAAUGAGCCUGACACAGUGGUUAAAUUUAGUGAUGGAAGGCUGGAGAUUGAGCUUCCUCUCCCCUUUUUCCAGUAAAAUGGUCAUUCUGAACUGACAGUGAAUGGAUUAAACACUACCGUUUUUUGGAAAGAACAUUCUUAAAUGGACAUUCAGGCAAAUGGACACUGAACUGAAGUAUUAUACUAACAUGUAUAUAAAGCAAUCACUGAUAACUGACAUGCAUCAUUAUUAUGCUGUUGUAAUAUUCUAUUUGUAUAAACGACGAUUCAAAUACUAACCCUGGUAUCAAGAACGAAAAUGUCAAUUGUGAUGUAUUGUUUCGUCCUUUGUUCUGUAUUUGAAAUAAAUGGCAUGAUGGAUAAGGUAAAAUAAAGAACGUUUACUAUGCA